AUUCCUUUAAAAAAAAUCCAAAAAAUUAACUCUUUUUCCUCUUCUAUUAUCACAAACUGUGGAUCACAGACUGAUCUAAGUGCAUCAUCCCUUCUAAACGAAGGGAAAAAAAGAUCAGGAAUAUGAGUCAUUAUGUAAGUCUUUCUUGCUUGGCAAACCAAGUUUUUGACAAGGUUUUUGAUCCAAUUUUUACGUACCUUGUCAUAUAUCCAAUCACUGCUCUGUACUUGUGGAAGCAAAAUGUUAAGAAGCUGAAGCUUAAAGUGGAUGUGCAGCUGGUCAAUAAAAGAACGGACGUGAAGAACAAAGUUGAUGAAGCUGAGCAACGGGGGGAGGAGAUUUCCAACGAGGUCAAGCAGUGGAUGAAUGAUGUGGACGAGCACAUUAGUGGAAAGAGAAAGGCCGACAUAGAUGAAUUAAUAGCAAAAGCUGAGAGGAAGUAUUGCUUUGGAUGCUGUCCUAAUCCCAAGGCUCUCUAUGAUCUUAGUGAGAAAGCUAAGGAGUAUGCUGCAGAUGUUGAUGGACUCACGCAAAGGGUUUUCGAAAGUGUUUCCUACUUUAAUUUUCAGAAACAGGAAAGUAUUGUUUCACGGGAUGAUUUUGUUGACUUUGAAUCAAGAAACAAGGUUUUGGCCGAUAUCAUGAAGGCACUGCAGAGUCCAACUAUUGACAUGAUAGGGGUGCGUGGCAUGCUCGGUAUGGGGAAGACAACGCUGGUGAAAGAGGUUAAAAGAAAAGCUGAGCAAGAGAAAUUGGUUGAUGUGGUGGUCAUGGCUAAUGUGACAAGCAAUCCUGACUUGACAAAAAUUGUAGAGGAAUUGGCACGUGGCUUGGGUAUGUUCCAGCUUCCUAAAGAACUCUCUCUUCGGCGAGUAGCUGAUCGAAUAAAUGAACGGCUGAGAAAAAAGAAUGCGCUUGUUAUUUUGGACGACAUUUGGGGGAAAAUAGAUUUGAAGGAUCUUGGAAUUCCUUCUGGAAGCAAGCAGAAGCGUCCUGUAGCUGAGCAACAGAAUGAGGAGAGCUCAUUAGGAGAAGAACAAAAGGAGUGUAAGGUUUUACUUACAUUCAGGGAACAUAAAGUUCUAUCAGAAAAAAUGGGUGUUAAAAAUGAGAACAUCUUCCAUGUUGACAAGUUGGAAGAUGUUGAGGCUAAGGAGCUGUUUAAGUUGAGAGUUGAAGAUGAUACUGAAAGCUCUCACAGAUCGGAAGCUAUUGAGAUUGUGAAGAGAUGUUGCGGACUGCCGCUUGCCAUUGAACGAAUAGCAAAGGCUUUGAGAGGAAAGGAAGAUCAGCACUGGAAUUCUCUAUUGCAAGAACUUAAAGCCUCUAGGGAUGGAGAAUAUGCUGUUGUUCGUUUAGCUAUUGAGUUCCAUUUUAGUCAGUUGGAAAGAGAAGAACUUAAGCAAACUUUCUUGCUUUGCUGUCUAAUGGGCCAUAACGCAUCCAUUGAAGACUUAAUGGAGUAUGGUACUGGCUUAAAAUUAUUCCCAGAAUUCAACAAAAUAGAGGAGUUCCGAGAUGCAGCACUCGCUUUGGUGAAAAAUCUCCGAGACUCUUCUUUGUUACUUAAUGGUCCUACCAAUAUGCAGUUCGACAUGCAAGAUGCUGUCCAAGAUGCUGCCAUAUCAAUUGCUUCCAGGGAUGGAGAAGUGUUAUCUUCCAAAGAUGAAGAUGCAGCAGCGGUGUGGCCAGACGAGGAGGCAAUAUCCGCAAAACUCAAGUGGAUUUAUUUGCCAAAUGCUGAUAUUAGUCAACUUCUUCGUGAGUUGGAGUUGCGGGGCAAUUCCGAAGGAGGGUAUAAACAGGUACAAUGUCCUCAGCUUACUUUCUUUCAUUUGUCUAACAAGUAUCCUUCUUCAGAAACUGCAGUCCCAGCAGACUUUUUUGAGGGAAUGAAAAACCUCGAAGUCUUGAGUUUGACUAAGAUGCAUUUCUUGUCGAUGCCUCAAUCAAUUUCCCUCCUAACAAAGCUUCGAACAUUGCGUCUCAAUCAAAGUAAGUUAGGAGUACUAGAAGGCUUGGGGGAGAUCAUAGGAAAGCUGAAGAAGUUACAAGUCCUCAACCUUGCAGGAUGUGAUAUUACUGAGCUGCCAAUGGAAAUAGCAUGCUUGACGAUGUUAAAGUUGCUAGACAUGAGUGAUUGUACUAACCUUAAAGUAAUUUCACGGGAUAUCUUGUCCAAAUUGUAUAGACUAGAGGAGCUAAAAAUGGCCAACAGCUUUGACCAGUGGCAGUUUAUGGAGCAGCAUGAAAAUCAAAAUGGAAAUGCUAGCCUUGCUGAGUUGAAGGUUUUGCAGAAAUUGACUACUUUAGAAGUUUGUAUUAAUGAUAUCCCAAUGAUCCCAGAAGGCUUGUUUAAUGCAGAACUGAAAAGAUACAAGAUUUUUGUAGGAGAUUUGUGGAAGUACCGGGACAGUUCUUCUGAAAACACAAAAAUAUUGAAGUUAGAAUUGAAGGCAGGCAGUUCUCAUACUUCAGCUACAAAGUUAUUAAAAAUCUCUGAAGAACUACAUCUAGAGGGAUUGCAUGGUGUUAAGAAUGUGGUUUAUCAAUUAGACAAUGAAGGUUUUCAAAAACUAAGAUAUCUCUAUGUUCGAAAUGCUCCAGGGAUUCAGUUUAUGAUUGACUCAGAGAGGUUGGUGUGUAGCAAUGCAUUUCCAAUCUUGGAGGAGUUGGUUCUUCAAAAUUUGACAAAAAUGGAAAAGAUAUGUCGUGAUAUGGGAGCAACAUCUUUUAACAAAUUAAGAAUCAUAAGCAUUGAAUGUUGUCAUCAGCUCAAGAAUUUGUUCUCCUUCUAUGUAGUAAAACAGCUUCUCCAACUCCAAGAAAUUAGUUUGAAAGAUUGUGAGAAAAUUGAAGAGAUUGUUGCUGAGGAGGCACAAGUAACCGUUCAUGAGAUUGAGGAAGCAGCUACAAAAAUUGAGCUUGGCCAAGUACGAUCCUUAAGAUUUGAAAAACUGCCAAACUUUGUUAGUUUUUGCCAAGAAGAGAAUAACCCGAUCACAAAUCAAGGAGGGAGUCAGUUAACAAGCUCUAGAUGCAUGUCACUUUUCAAUGAAAAGGUUGUGUUUCCAAUGCUGGAGGAGUUGGAAUUCACUGAGAUUAAGAUCGACAGGAUAUGGAACACUUUAGCAACGCCUUAUUGUGUUCAGAAACUUACGAAAAUGAGUAUUGUGUCCUGUAGUGAUUUAAAAUAUCUAUUCUCUUCCCCUCUGGCUAAAGGUUUGGACAAGCUUGUGCACCUUGAAAUAAAAGAUUGCAAGACUUUGAGAGAGAUUAUCACCAUGGAGACCGGUCGAGAAAUGGGUAAUUGUGAUGUUAAAUUCUCAUCGUUGAAGCGAUUGAUUAUAAUAAACUGUCCGGAAUUAAUGGAAUUCAUGGUCAUGGUUAAAUCUACGAACACAAAUGAAGCAGAUGACGCACGGUGCUUCUUCAAUGAACAAGUUGCGUUUCCCAGCUUGGAGAGCUUGAUUCUCUGUCAUUUGAAAAACUUACAGAUAAUAUGGCACAACCAACUCUCUCCGGAUUCCUUUUGCAAACUAAAAGAGUUGAUUGUUAGAGGUUGUGAGAAUUUAAUGACAAUUUUUACAAAAGAUAUACUGGGAAGUUUCUUUGAAUCCAUAGAGAAGUUAGUAAUUGAUUAUUGUGCUUCAGUAGAAGAGGUGUUUAAAGUGGGAGAGCUUAUAAACCUCAAAAAAUCAGGACAAACCCAGUUGAGAAAUUUGUGGAUUUAUGGUCUGCCGAAUUUGAAUUUGAAGCAUGUGUGGAAUGAGGAUCCCGAAGGAAUUCUCACUUUUCAAAAUAUGGAAUCGGUAAUUGUUCGGAACUGUCCCAGUAUCAAAAAUGUGUUUCCAAUUUCAGUAGCAAAAGGCCUUAAACAACUCCAAAAGCUACAAAUAGAGUUGUGCGGGGUGGAGGAAAUUGUUGCAAUGGGGCGUCGAGGAACAGAACCGAUGGUUAAGUUUGUGUUUCCUCGACUGUCGAACCUCAAACUCGUGCGACUACGAAGACUCAGAUAUUUUUAUCCAGGAGAACACAUAACGCUUUGGCCAGAGUUAAAAGAGUUGGAUGUUUUCGACUGUAGUCAUGCUGAUGAAGCGCAGAAAAGAAAGGAGCAUGGUCGACCUGAUUUCCCCAUUCGACAGCCAUUUCUCAACAUGGAAGAGGUAUGGGCCAUGUUAUUGUUGGAUAUAACUGGACUUAUGAGGACUCUGCAGUGGAAGAGAGGAGAGUUUGGAGACUAUAUUUCUCUGUAUUUACUUCAUUGAAAAUGAGAACUUACAAAGUUAUUUAUAGAUAAAUUAUAAACACUGGUUCUUCCCUAGUUAACUGGUAUACAUGAAUCCCAUUCUUCUAGGUACAUUAUUAAAUACUAUUCAUACCA